UUGCGGGGAAACGGUACCAACUUGUCAUGUAUACUUUCACCCUCGUUUAGAAUAUGGCCAGAUGUUUUAUCACAGAGCAUUGAUCGACGAGCUCUUACGCAAGGAAGACAUGAAUGUGAUCAUAGUAGACUGGGGUCAAGGAGCGCUGCCAUAUCACUUUGCCUUCGGAAAUGUUCGAUUGAUUGGUAUGCAGAUAACGAAACUGGUCGAGUUGAUGAACAGUCAGUUUGGACUGAGCUUCGCCAACGUUCACCUCAUUGGAUUCAGCAUUGGCGCUCAGCUUGUGGGGCAUGCUGGGAAAUAUCUUAGACAAAACAAUCAUACAGUUGGGAGAAUCUCAGGCCUCGAUGCUGCAUCUCCAUACUACGAAUUCAGACCUCCAGUUGUACGCUUGGACGCGACUGAUGCUGAGUUCGUUGAUGCAAUGCACACAGACACAAAGACAAUCUACGUCAAAGGGUUUGGUAUCGAACAAAGGUCUGGCCAAGUGGACACAUACCCAAAUGGAGGCUACGAGCAACCCAACUGCCGAACGCUUGACAAUGGUGAGCAGUAACUAACUUAAAGCAGUAACUAACUUGCAGAAAGUAAAGAUAAAAUUCCCAUGUUUUUCACGAAAGCUUUUAAUAAUUUUCAGAAUUUGAAUCCAUUAUAAUGACUUUAUCUCGGGAUAAAGGAAAAAAAGAAAGUGGAAAUG